AUGCUAAAAUUUGCAUACGCCCUAUUAUCUUUACUCUCUUUUCUCUGUACUAUCUAUGCUCUGCCCAACAGCAUAUCCGGAAUACAAUGUCCAUUCGAAUGCGAGUGUGAUCAACUACCAAGUUCAAAUAUUAACACAUCAAGCACAAAUGGCCUUUCACCGUUCUACUCAAUAUAUUGUCAUAACGGUGGAAUUAAUGAUGUGAAACUGUCAUAUAUUCUUUCACGACUUCCAACUAAUCAAAUAAGGACCCUAUCUAUUCAAUCACCCGCAGGACGGCAGCCUAAUGUAUUCCGCUGGAACGAUAACUUUAAUAAGCUCAAGAAUCUCAAACAACUUAAGCUUAACAAUUGUCAGUUGCCAGCAAUGAGCAGAACAAUGAGUUUGCCCAACUUAGAAGUGUUAGACUUAAGCUUCAAUAAGAUAGAACACGCUACUAUCAGCAAUUUUGGCGGUUUGCCGAAGCUUAGACAUUUGGAUCUGAGCAAUAAUCAACUAAGCAUUCUGCCUACAGGCGUAUUCACGCACCUACCAAUGCUCACUUCGCUUUCAUUAGCAUAUAAUAACAUCACGGAAUUGUCAUCUAAUUUAUUACGAGGCUUGCGAAAUCUUAAAGCUCUACGCUUAGAUGGAAACCACAUUUCUGUUCAGCAGAUGAAUCAACUUUUCGGAGACGUUCCAAAUUUACGAGAACUUCAAAUAAAUAACUGCAAUUUACGACGUCAAAUAAGCGAUCUGGCAUUGUUCAGAUUAUCGGGACUAGAACAACUUGGCUUAUUUGGCAACGGUUUGAAGGAAAUGCCAUCAGAACAAAUCAAUUCACUCCCACGUCUCACAACAUUAAACUUAGGCGGAAAUGAGAUUCAUGAGGUUGGGCAAUGCUCGUUCUGUGGAAACAACAUAAGUCAUUUAACUUUGUCACACAAUCUACUCGGAACAGUAAAGCGUCCAUUCAGCCCAGAAGCUUUCACGAAAUGCAAUCUGAUUUAUUUGGAUAUCAGUUUCAAUCAUCUCAAUGUAUUCAACUCGACCUGGCUUGGUCAUGCUGAAGAAUUGUUGGAAGAGUUGGACAUUUCCGGGAACUAUGUUGAAGGGUUUGAAUACCACACAACAGCAAGUUUAAUGUCCCUCAAAAAACUGCAUCUGGCAUAUAACGGAUUACUCAGUAUUCCUACUAAAUAUCCGCCAAUAUUCAGGCAAAUCGCUUCUUUGAAUAUAUCGGGCAACUCACUCACACAACUUCCUUUCUCGAUCAUACAAGAACUACCCAACUUGAAAGAAUUAGACAUUAGUCAUAACCAGUUCACCACACUACACCAGGAAAUCAUAGACUACAUAGAUGAGCAGGAGAAGGUAUAUCUACAUGGUAACCCAUGGGAUUGCACAUGCUCAAUCAAGCGAAUACAAAGCCAUAUGAAGAACCGUUUCUACCUGCGGCAUGUGUUACAUUACCAACAAGUUCAAUGCAUGCAACCCAAGCUGGUUAGGGGUCAAGCUGUUCUUCAAGUUGAAGGAAUUAAUGACUGUGCUAUAAUACUGGGAGCCAGCUAUGAUUUAGCACAAAGCAGCGAACUUAUAAUUUUAUUGGCGGGUAUCUUCAUAACGGCUAUAACUUUAACUGUCCUCCUGUUCUGUCUUUAUUAUCUUCGCGAAAGACAGUACAAGGGUAGUUAUGUAACAAGGGAGUACUCCCAAACACCUUUAACGACGGAUCAUCUCACUUCUAGUUCUCCUAGCAGUUGCAUGAUAAGUUUACCAACUGACCCGCCUUUACCACCACCGCCUGCCAAACUAUGUGAUAUUUCUUACUUCGGUAUUUAA